CACACAUAGAAAGGGCUGUGUGCACAGUAACACAAACUGCUGGGCUAAGUCAAUACAGGCAUCUGUGCUGAGGUGUGUUCUGUCCUGCGGAGCCUCCACUCCUCUGAAGAUGAACGGCCCCUCCGCCCCGCCCUCCAACGGCAGCCUGUCCUGCGAGCCAGAGCCCCAGCACAUAUCCAUCACCGUCUUCCUCUGCCUGCUCUUCCUGGGCGGCUUCCUGCUCAACAGCUUCAGCCUGUGGGUGUUCUGCCUCCGCAUGCCUCGCUGGGGCCCUGGCACCACGCUGCAGUUCCACCUGGCUCUCAGCGAUGCCAUCGUCACCCCUACCGCCCCCCUCAUGGCUGCCUAUUUGGCGCUGGGCAGCCACUGGCCCUUCGGCCGUUUCCUGUGCCAGCUAAAGAUCGCCCUGCUCAGCACACACUUCUACGGCAGCAUCCUCUUCCUCACCCUGAUCAGCGUCCAUCGCUACGUGUCUGUGGUGCAAUACAGCAAGGCCUCCCCCAUGAAACGCGUGGGAUUCAUUCACAAGCUGUGUGCAGCUGUGUGGCUGCUGCUGCUGCUGAAGGGGGCAGCCUGCUUCUCCCUGCUCGGCACCAGCCAGGUAGGCAACCACACCCAGUGCCUGAGCAUUCACCAGGGAGAGUACAUCCAGGUCUACUUCAGCAUCAACUUCUCCCUGCUGGUCCCUGCCUUCCUGGUGCCAUUCUCCGUGUCAGUGGCUUGCUACUGCCGCCUGGCCAGCUCUGUCUCCCGCAUAAAUGCCAGCACCGCAAACGGCCGCGCCAUCAAGGCCAAAUCCCGCAAGAUGGUGGCCGUCUGCCUGCUGAUAUUUGCGGUUUGCUUCAUGCCGCUCAACAUUGUGCGGUCCGUGGGUGUUGUGGUCAGGAAGUACUACCCCGAGCAGUGCAGGCUUCUCCUGAGGGUGGAGACAGCCUACUACGUCUCCUGGAUCCUGGCCAGCGCCAACUCCUGCUUCGACCCCCUGCUCUACUGCUUCGGCUCCCAGGACUUCACCCGCGCUUUUCGCAGGUCUCUCAGGAAAAUCGGACUCCGGUUUGAGGAUGGUCCGAGCAGGAAUGGGCUGGACAGUGUGGACAGUGUGGGUUUGACCACCAAGACCACCCAGUCCAGCACCGUGCUGGACAGGGAGACAGCCUCCACCUCCAGCCUCUGA